GUUAACUCUCCCAUUCUCCUCCCUCACCAUCUCAACCAGGAAAAAAAAAAGAAAAAAAAAACAAUGGCUACGGUGAAGAAUCCGUACUUAUACACGAAGAUGGAGAAAGAAGACCCAGAAGACAUGAUCCAUAGAAGAGCUCAGUUUCUGAUCCAGAAGAUUCUAGAAAGAGCAGACAACCAGACAAGACAGCAACAGAGGCGAUGGGGAGGAACGACGUCGUUUGCGAGGAAGAGAGUGGCGGUGGGGAUAAGGCUGAGGAUAGGGAGGAGACUGAGGAGAUUAAGGAAGAGUGUGAUCGUCCACGUCAGCUCCUGUAAUAACGUCUUCCGCCGCCAUUUCAGAUCUUGGAGGAAUCUCUUUUCUGCCUCUCGAAGAAAUAUAUCUCCAGUUUUUGUUCUUCGCGUGUGAAAUCUCUCUCUCUCUCUCUCUCUCUCUUCUUCUCCUUCUUCUUGAUGUGGCCUUAUUGUUCCGCAUAUCAUUUGGUAUUACAUAUAUAACGCGUAAUCAUGUAUACGAUCUGGCCUCAUUAUCGAAAUUUUGUUUGAAUCCAUUAUUGAUCAGUACCCUAGUAGUACUAAAUGAGCGGUGAUUGAUUUAUUGUUAUGCUGCAAUUGUUUGAUGA